AUGACACAAGCCAUCGAAGCGAAACUCCGGCAGGAACGCGCGCUUCUGUGGCGUGCGCGAAACCUCCAUCGACAAUUCCUGGGUGACGCUUCGUGGAUGCCGUGUGGAGCGGUCGAAACUCCAGACGACAGAUGGAUCUUUGAACCCAGGAUACCUAACAUCGGAUUAAGCUCACCGGCUAGCCAAUCAGCCCCGAAUGGGAUCGUCACUCCAUCAGUCGCUGGAGGAUCAAGCGUUCUCAAAGGCGGAGUCCCCGAUUCGAGUUCCGUGGCUGGUUCAUCCAAGGACGCUCAGGGCGACCAGACCGCAGAGAAGGACGUUGAAAUGUCCGACGCUCAAGACCUUCCCGAUGCACAGUAUCCAAGCGCCGAGCAGACAAGACGGCCCAAGUCCGAAGAAGUCGAUACCCCCGUCGCGGACCUUCCUCAACAUCCUGAAACUACCGAUCAAGAGACGCAAGUCAAUGGGAGCAGAGCGGAAGCCGGGCAGCAAGACCAAGAUCGAACGUCAGGUGCCGAUGGGCCACUCGGUCGAGAUCUUCAGGGACACACGAAUGACGAGCGGCCGGCGGGUGAGCAGAGCAAUGGUGCAGAUCGACACGAUAACCCAGCCGACGAGACGGAUAAGGAUGAGGAAAUGCAGGAUGGCUCGUCUCCCGAGCCGCCUCGCCGAAUGACCACUCGGGCCCAGACAAACGCCGCAAACCCGCAACAAGAGGACGACUCAGGCCUAGCUUCCCCCUCGGAUUCAUCCGACACACUUAGCACCCUUCCAACGCCACACCCUCUCUUCCUCGUAUCCGAUUCUAUCCGCCCCGACGCUAACUUCGGUCUACCACCCAACGAAGCCGAGGAAACCCGGCGCCUGCUUUGGUCGUACGUCCAGAAACAGGAGGAAACCGUGCGGGGAUUCGAGCAUAUGCUCGAGUCUCUACUUCGGGCCUGCCGGAUGAAGGACGAUGUGUUCGAGUGGUGCAAGGCCGAGGGACAUGUAGGGGAAAUGAGUGACGGCGAAGAUUGGUACGACCGCGAGAAAUGGGGUCUGGCAGAGGGCGAAGACCUCAAGAAGGGUGCCGACGAGGACGAUAUCGAACCCGUCGAGGAGAGUCGGACGUCCAACAAGAGGGGUCGAGGUCGGCGAUAG